CAAAAGUCAAAAAUUGGCCAAAAGCGAGGCUUCUUCUAGUGUUUUUGUUUUGAGAAACCACAACAGUCGUAUUGCAAAAUGCCGAAAAAUAUUACGAGUGAGGUUCGGGAAAUAAUAUUGAAAGUAAAGGAGUUUAUGGACGAGGAGAAACGCAUGCAAGUACCGAUAAUACCGCUCAGUAAAGUGUAUGUACGGGUUUCCGCCGCUACAGGAGUAUCGGAGCGCACAGUCUUGAACAUCGUGAAAGAGGCGAGGCUGGUCGAACAAGGUCUACUAGACCCUGAAACUUUGAAGAAAACUCCAAAGAAACGGGUCAGAACUAAGGGCAAGAUAGAAGUAGACGAAUACGACCUUCAGGUCAUCCGCAGAAAAAUACAUGAGUUCUAUGCAUUCAAGAAAGAAGUGCCAACCAUCAACAAACUCUUGCAGAUAUUAAAGGAAGAAAUCAACUUCAAAGGAUCUCGGGAGACUUUGAGGAAGAUCCUGAGGAAGAAUGGCUUUCAGUUCAGGAAGACUAAGAAUAAUAAGGAGAAAGAACAACCUCCGGAGUCCACAUCCUCUGUUCCUCCGAUGGUGGCCCCAUACAUUCACACCGUGUUCAGCCACAAAACUCUACAAUCAUAGAUUUUAUAUUUACGUAUAGAUAUAGGCAGCUUAGUACUAGGUUCAUGGUACUUCUCACAAACUAAUUUUUCCUUUGGGAAAAUUCCAUUGAAGCGGUAGCAGAUCUAUGUGUCUGAAGUUUCAAGGUAAAACUAGAUCGAGUGUUUGAAUUAUGAGUGACUUGUCUGAGGGGAGCUUGUUCCCUGCAUAAAAUUGACUUGUGAACGGAUACAAAAAACUACUUAAUGCAUAACAUAUACGGGACAUUUGUGUCUACAAGUACAAGUAUUCUAUGCAUUAUUCAGUUUUGUUUUGAAUUGAUGUGUUAAUUCAUUAGUUCCUUUUAAAAAGAAUAAUAUUUCAUGCAUCAUCCAUCAUAAUAUAUUGUUUUUCUCCUCGAUUUUCUGAUUGGUUUGUUUAGUAUUCGAUUUUAAAUAUGAUUACAGAAUCAAACAAUAUAAUAUGUUAUUGUUUAUUAUGCAUUAUAACAAUGUCUAAUAGUAGAUUUGUCCGGAAUUUCUUAGGACUUCCAGCAUAACUCAUGAAAAUUGUCUCCUGCACCUCUGGCUAUCCGUUCAGGGCACAAAAUGCAGUAAUUAUGUAUGUUAGUUUGUGAGAAGCAACCACAGUACAUACCUGUAGGUAUAGCAGUAUAUAGAUCUAAAGACAGAAGCUCAUUUUACCAGUAAAUAAUAUACAUUGGGUGUAAUAGUGUGUGUCUUAGAACACGACAAUUGUUAUUGUGUAAAUAUAAUUAUGUUCAUGUCCAUGCUUCCUCCAGCUUUAGUCAACUUGACUAUCUAUAAUCGUUAACGCUAUAUAAAACGAAAUGGUGUCUAUUUCUCUCAGGGCCGAUUUUCCAAUCGUCAUUUAUUUUUUAACAUUAGAAUAAAGUUGACAGUUUUUAGUAUGGAAGAAUUGGCUAGUUUCCUAG